AUGGCCGCCGCUUUCAGGCCAGUAAACUCGCCUCUGCCUGUAGAGGUCAAGGUGGACAGCAGGAUGAUCACUACACCCACCACCCCCAGGAUAAACACAGCACCGCACCCUAACGCUUCGCAACCUUUGCCGGAGGAUGUAAAGACCCCGACAAAAGCAACGUUCGGGGGUGUAGGCAGCAGUGGUAACAGCGGCUUAGCGUCGCAAAAACCUUUACCAAGCUCACCAUUUCCCCAGGCCGUUCAGGUUCCUGAGAGUGCUGAAAAGGCAAAAACACCUACCAGAGCAAAUUCGCAGCAUUCGAGAAAGUCAAGAGACUCUGAAGACGUGGACAUGGACGAGUCAGACGGCGAGGGUGCCGGAGAGGAUGGAGCAGGGUCAGACGACGACAGCGUGAACGCCGACGGCACCAGGUCGAACAAGAAGAAGAAGUCUCAACGAUUCUACUGCACAGACUAUCCGCCCUGCAACUUGAGCUUCACGCGGAGUGAGCAUUUGGCGAGACACAUUCGAAAACACACAGGCGAGAGACCAUUCCAGUGUCACUGUUCCCGACGGUUCUCCCGGCUCGAUAACCUGCGACAGCACGCACAGACGGUGCACGUCAACGAGGACAUUCCGAUCGAUUCCCUAGCGGCCACUGGCGCCAGAUUCCAAAGACAAAUGCGCACAGAGCGGGUACGUCAACAGGGCGGUAGAGCUCGCGCGUCAACGGCUGGAAGUGCCUCUGGCCCGGUCAGAGGACACUCAAAGUCUCUAUCGACGUCCAGCAUUGCCAGCGUCGGCUCCAUCUCCUCCGCCUUUGGUAUUCGGGACGAUAUUCGUAGGCGUCCCCCACCUCUCGUCAUGGCUGACCCCCGCUCGCGCUUGUCUCUGGAGUCGUACCGGAACGACGGCCCAUAUGGAUAUCGCCCGGCAUCGCCGACUGAAUACGGCACACCGACGUCAGCAACCUUUUCAACCGGUCAAAGCAGUCCACGAUGGGGUUCUGGUGUUGCAUCCCCAACCACAUCUCAUUCUCGCUCACAGAGCAUGUAUUCGUCUGGUUCAAGGACCCCUGGACGCCGGCUCAGCGUACCGUCCGGUGCAAACCCUUUCCAAUCGCCUCAUGGAGGCCCGGUCAACAGACUUGUGUAUGGUGCCCCUGUUAACACCUCCAACAAUGGGACAUUCUCUCCAGCCGCGAGCAGUCACCUGGCAUCUCCCACGACUCCUACCUCUGGUUGGUCAGGUAGGCGUGAUUCGACAUCAUCCGCAGCGGACGAAGCAUGGCGUCGCCGCACCUGGCACCCUGAUACCAGGAACUUCAAUACCAACACUAGCCAUCUUAGCAACGUCUUGACACCAAGUCAAAUUCAGCCAAACCCCGCACCACCCAUUGCCAACGCACCAAACCCGCAGCAAACCCUUCGGUUGCCUGGUAUUGAGUCGUUCGAUCCCCUUCCGUCGCGACAAAUCUCGCCGCCCAGGCGUAUUCCGUCCCCAAUGAUGGUCGACUCGGAGGCCGCUCACCCGCCGGCUCUUCUUCCCAGCACUGAUGCUGCUGCUGUUGAAGAUCGGAGGAACGUUUCGCAGUGGGAUAUGGGGCUUCACCGAGGCUUGACUAGAUUGGAUAUAACCUCUAACACAACUCCCCCUCGCGAUAGUGCAGGCGCGUGGGCGAACGAGGCAAAUCAGGCCGUGCAGGCUCAGGCGGAGCAGGUCAGGUUGAACCCGCCGACUGUUCGAUUCGAAGUGGAUCCGCCUUCGUAUUCCCACUCAAGCGCCUUUAGCCGUAACCACCAGCACACAAUGUCCGCCCCGUCUAUUGCUUCUAGAGACUCCAAAAGGCACGGUUGGUAUCAUGGGCCUAGUGCAAGUCACGUUCAUGGACCUCGACCCGAGGCACCUGGCCACGAUCCUCGCGGUCCGCACGUUAACCGGAUGGUCCACCCGAAUAUUAACGCCUUUCCCGGCUUUCCCGCUCGUCAGGCCGAACCGCAGCCGACCCAACAGCAGCAACCAGGCCGUGGACCCAACCCCGACCCUCUGAGGCGCCUUGAAGCCCUGGUUGCAGUUGCAACAAGCGAGGGCACUACCGCAACCGCCUACUAA